GGCCUGACGCCCACUUACCUAUCCCAACCCUUUAUUCAUAGGAGGGGCAGAUCCCUUUGCUCUGUAUAUAAACGGUGCUUCUCCCUCUCACAGAACUGCUGUUUAUUUCUCCAUCACUUACCUGUGUGCUCUCAUAAUCUAGAAACCAUGGCUGGAAAUCUAGAACAACUGAUCAUCCAUCUGAUUGCCACUUUCAAGAAGUACGCCGGCAAGGACGGAGACUGCUCCAGCCUGAACCAGAAUGAACUUACGGAUUUGGCCGUGAAGGAAUUCCCCUCUCUGUGUAACAACGCAAAGAAAGAUGAAAUUCUGAAGGGAGUGAUGGGCAAGAUGGACAUGGAUGGAGACAAGAAAGUCACUUAUGAGGAAUUCGCAAUGUUCUUCUGUUUCAUCUCCAUCGCCCUAGAGGAGAGUUUGAGCAAGUGAGCGCGGCACUGCCGGAUUUUGCUGUAAAUUUGCUGUAUGGUUCAUGGCUGUGUCAAUAAAACUCUCUGUCAGUUCGUA